AUGGACGCCGGGCGCCUCCUCCGCCGGAGCCGAGCGCUGUCUCCGCCGCCGCCGCCGCCGCUGCUGCUGGAGCCGCUGCCGCUGCUGGAAGAGCCGCCGGGACCUCAGCAUGUUUCUGAGCGCGCGGGGCCGGCGGCUCCAGCACCCAGCACCCACCCCACCCCGCGGCCGCCCCCCCAGCCAGCCAGCCCCCGGAGCCGCGCGUCAGGCUCCCGCAGCCAAUCGCCGCCAAGGCACGCCCCCGACGGUGGCGCCCCCACCCCCAGCACCCGGCACCCGCUCCUGCCCGCGCUGGAGCAGCUGCGAACCUUCCGCAGCCAGCGCCUCCCCGGCACCACCGGCCGCCGCGCGCGCCCUUUCCUGCCCGGGCUUCUCGCAGAGUCCGGUUUGCUGCGCCCGCGGCGGCCCCCCGCCCCCAGUGGUCUCCGCUCGCCCCGGCACCCAGCUCUCUCCUCGCCUCCGCGCUGCGCCCCUCUUCCGUUCGGCGCCGCUCAGCCUCCAGGGCCGGGCUCCCCUGCGUGGAGAAGGGAACCUCGCAGACGCGGGAGCGCCGAGGACUGCGGUUCUGCUGGGCUUGGAGUUUAGCUGUGAGACUGGUUCUGCCACCAGCAGCCCGGCCCUUCCCUGAUCGAGAGGGGACCUGGCCAGCACGACAGCUUGGGGGAAUGGCAAGUGGGUGUCUGUGGUUAGAGGAAACUUUGCAGACAGGCAGAUUGCUGGAGCAGAGCGCGCAUCUGUGGGAAAGGCUCCGCAGACCUGUGCCGUCCCCAAGUGCAGGAGAGGAAGAAGGGAAGUGAAGGUUUGUGGAUGUAACAGCCACUGCCAAGGACCAGUUAAACACACACACACACACACACACACACACACACACACACACUUCCCAACCCCAGCUAAGGAAGAUGACGCAACGUCGUGUUCUGAGUAUAAAGGAGAAGUUUAGGGCAGCUUAGGUCUAGAGAGUAAAUGACCCCACCCCACCCCCACCCCGCGUGGAAAGAGCGCACGGAACCAGCGCGUCGUACCUCCUGCAUUUGUGUUGUUACUCCGGGCUCUUAUAAGCCGCGCUGAGGCGACACGGGGCUCCGUCCCUUUUGGCUGACGUCAUGAACUGGGAUUUCAGAUCUCUUGGUAGGGAGGCUGUGUUCUCCUUUACCCUACUUGCCAGAUUCUCAAAACUGUGGGAUUAGCUUUGGAAAGACGAGGGAGAGGAAAGGAAAUAUCUACUCAAAGCGAUUAAAUGUGAAAGAGUUUAAAGUUGAGGCUCAUUUCCCCCUCACAUUGUCAAGGGAAUCUGAAUCUAGAGCAGUUACCUUAAUUCAGGUGGAGUGGGUGAUGGGAAGCCAGGAUGGACCUCCGGGCGGGGGUCCUCAGUCUGCCCCCGGGAAUACCCCCACCUCAGAAAUGUGUAAGUUCUUGAGAAGCAAACAGUUUCCGAUUGUCUCGGAAGGGUGCACGGUAGUGUUAUGUAAUGUUAUGUAAUGCGCGCGAGUCUCUCCUGCACUGGGAUGAAAAGAACAGCAUCUGGAGGAUUGUCACCAUGGGGCCAGGCCCUAUCCUUACCUUGCAGAGGUGCAGCCCCACAGCGACCGUCUGCAUCUGCAGCAAAGAGCACAGCUUCCUCUCUAUAAAGCCACACACAGUGUGUGCUUCCGGCUCAAGCGUGGCCACGGAAAGGUGCUGCGACUGGGGAAUGAUUUGCUUAUUCACCCCUGCCCUGGACUUAUCGAGCCUCAGUUCUGCCAACUUGGGCAGUUUUGAGAAUCUGAGAACAGGAACUACAUAGAGGGCACAGGAGUUGGCACCAUAGUCACCCCAGGCUCUUCAGGCCCGGUCCCCCCUUCCUCAGGCUUUUAGGGCAAGGGGAGAAGGGCUGGGGGAAGGGGUUGUCUGAGAACAGCCAACGUUCUGAAAUGAGCUGACAUUAAGGCUGCUCAGGAAGGGGGCUCUGAGUGCUGGGAUGUAGGGACUGUGGGAAGAGGCUUUCUUUCUGUUAAGUGGUGUCACUGGGGCGUAGUAUGUCAACCUGGCAUUUCUGGGGAUUAUAAGGCCAGAACUGGGUUGCAGAGGUUUGACCUGGGGCCAGUAACCUCGUGACUUUAGAGUUACAAACGCACCAGGAUUCUGGAACUGUUGACUGCCUGGGACUUUCUCCGUGAUCAUUCGAUGUAACAUCAAGUGUCUCUGUAUUUCUGUGGACUAAAUACAUUCAAGUGUGAAUGUCCAAAACCAGGAGGCUUCUCUAGCACAGCCUUCCAGCAGAGGGCUGCAGGCGGAGAGGAAUCCCAGCUAUUCUCAGGGGCUUUCCUCAGCCAUCCUGACAGAUGGAAAUCUCAUCAUUGAUACCUGCCAGUGUGGAUUCCAGGAGUUCCACAUGAACGCUAACUCUGAAGACAAACAAGGCAAGACGAAGCAGGACAUCCCCAAAGAAAAGCUGAAUGGUUAAGUCGCUUGGGGUUUUAAUCUGUGACUGGAGAAGGACUCCAAGGAGAAUUUUACUGAGAAGCUGAGGCUCAAAAGUUGCGGUGCCCCCGGGGUGUCAGUUAAGAGCUAAACUGGAGCCGCUGGGGAGUCGGACGCCAGCUCUCGGUGUUUUAUUAUUUCUGUACCCUACACAGCAUUCUUGAAGACUAGGGAGUCAGGUGACGGGUGCACUGCGCUCUCCGCUCAGAACCUUCGGAUCCCUGAGAGCGCUCGCCCGUGCCGCUGGCCCUGCUGGCCCAGCUGGCUACAUCAGGGAGUACUGCCAUGGCAUGUGCCUGUGUAACAUGUACUGGGCUGGAACGCACAACCCUCCUGCCUUGGUUUCUUUAGCUUCACAGAUGUGUACAGACGUGUGCCUUGCAGCAAGCUUUGAGACGUUUCUCCUACAACUGAUCAGUACAGAUCGUAGCCCCUUCUCCACCUCUGCCGGGAGGAGCUUGACCUGGUGUUAAAUGCCCAAGUCCUCACUCCUACGUUCUCUUUUCAGCUGUGCUUUCCUGGGAGACAGCUGAGAACAAAAGUUACUUAUUAGGCAACUUAAAAACUCAAAAUUAACUAUGCCAAAAAAAAAAUCAGUAUUUUAGAACAGAUAGAUUUUGAAAACAUCUACACAUUUUGUCUUAGGUGUUUUUUACUGCAUAAUUUAAAAUGAUGGUGUUUUAGCAAGAUUAUACUAAUUCUAGUAAUUAGUUUUGACAUUUAUCGUGUGAGCGAGUGUGUGUGUGUGUGUGCAUAUGUGUACCUUGAUGAGUAAGAGCAUUAUGGAGUCAGACUGUGUGGGUUAAAAUCCAGGCUGUGCCAGUUAGAUGACUCAGGAUAAGUUAUGUGGAUACCUUAGUCCUCAGCUUUGUCAUCUGUUAAAUGGGAACAAGAAUGCCCACCCCUAAGUUGUUUGGGAUAUUUGCUAUGAUAGAGUCUAGGAGGCAUGUGCCAUUCUUGGCUAAACACUGACUCUUGCUUCACUGGAUUGCUUUCACUAACCACAACAUAACAUGAGCAGCGGUAAGAUCAUGUCAUAAAAUACAGAAAGCAAAGGCAACAAAAGAACUGACUUCCAAUCAGUGAGACCUACUUAAUGCGAGAGCACGCAGUAAUGAAUCUUAUUUAGUAUUUUUUUUUUAUUUUGAAGGCAAAUUUACUCCUUUGUGGUCAUUUCAUCUGAUUAUUGUUCCAUUUGGGGAAUCUGAAUUUCCCAGACUAAUUUUGCAUUGUGAAAAGGCCAUUCCAGAGAGGCCCCCAGCCCACCCCGGGAUACAGCCAUCCCAAAUAAACAGUAAACAGCUCAGCCCGCUGAACUCUUAGUGAGGGAUUUAUCCUCCGUACUGGGAGGCUGCUCUCUU